ACAUGGUCACAUAUUUGCUUUCUGGCCAAAUAUGUGCAUCACUGAACAAAUAUUUCAAUACAAUAGAUGGUUUCACAGUUUAUUGUUCAUGUUACAAUUACAAUCUAAAAAGUCUAUGCUUUGUUUUCUCACCAUGUCUUUAUUUUAUGCUUGUUAGUGACAACAACUACUCAACAACAGCAAGACGUUCAGCAGAAGUAACAUUUCCUUGGACAUAAAAACAGCUGUUUAUACUAUAUACUCUGCAUUCAUUUUUGGGCACAACUAUUGUUUUUUUAAAAUAUUUUUUUAUAUCAGAGGAAAGAGACAUAAUGUCACAUUGUUACAGUAUAUGUUCAGCAUAGUAGGGAUAACCGGAAACAUUCACCAAUGUUUAUACAGGAAGGAAAGGCAGAGAUAGCAAUGUCUCCUUUGACAGAAGCUUCAGUAGACCAUAAUACACUUCAACCACAUGACAUGUUGCUUUUUAGAGUGACAAAAUGUCUACUCUAUAAAUAAGUAAGGCAGGUUGAGGAAAGGGAUUAUACCAAAGAGCAAGUAACAGCAUUUUAUCACAAAAUAAUUUCUGGAACGCCCUAAACAUGCAAACUGUCAAUAUCUCAGCCCCAGAGGGAGGACUGUUUUAUUUCUGCUCUCACAACAUUUAUUUCUGUUGUCCCUGCAACUCAUUGUGUGUAGUGAGGUCCUCUCAAAGAGGUGUUUGUGAAUAGUGACAAGUUUGCCAAUAGCAUUUCAAAUGUUGUCCUACUUAGCUCUCUGGUGAAAGUUGCAAAUAGACACUGUGCCCGACGAAGGACGUGAGACAGCUGUUUCUAUAAAUAACCUCCACCCACUUACCUACCACGAGACCCCCUUGCCUUGUUCCUGCCCCACCACAGCAAGCCUGGUCCCAGACAAAUGCAAAACACCCAGACAGACAGCAACAGAGGAUAUCAACAAAGCAGCAACAGCAGAGGAGGCAAAACACUGAUACGCAGAGCUGUUUGACAGCAGCUCUCAUCAACAACCAAGAAACUCACAGACCUCACAGACCUACAACAACCAGGCAUAAAACCUGGAGCCAUGAAGUCACUGCGAUUCUUUGCAGCUGAAGCCUUCAUCCAAAGUGGAUCAAGUGCGAUGGAGAAUCUCAACUGUGUGCCUUUUAACCUAUACCCACUUCUCUUCAAGUCCUGCUACCUCCAUGAGCAGGCUGAUAUGCUGCAUGCUUUGGUCCAGGCAUGGCCUCUACCUGAGCUCAACCUACAAAGACUCCUGGGAAAGACAGUUGACUGUCAGAUGGACCUCACCUCCCUCACCUGCCGGCUUUGUCUGAAGGCAAUUCUGACUGGCUUAAAGGAGUAUGUGCUGUCUCCUCCAUCAACUUAUGCCAAGAACCUCCAUGUGGUGGAUCUGACUGCCCUGAAGGAUGUCGAGCACCAGGUGUGCCCCUGCCAGUCCACUCUGGGUCGAUGGGCAAGAACCCAGCUCCUAACCCAAAUGUGUUAUGAAACCAUGGUGGCCAUGCAAGCCAUCAGUGUGUCACACUCAGCCUUUGAAACAUCUAUCGAUGUCCGUCUGAAUGGCUUUGUCACAGGCCGCAACUAUGAGCUGGUGGCCCAGGCCUUACUCCUCCUCCGCCACUGUCCUCUGAAGCUUCGUUUCGUUGGUUUUCGGGCUGACUCCCUAGCUCUCAAGCAGCUGUUUUAUGUUCUUCGGCUAGCAGAGCCUGAGUCCAUUACAAAGCUGGAGAUGGUCCACAACGUUCCCUUGGAGGCUGCACACCUGGAGGUGCUGCUGUCCAGGGUGGAGUUCCCCAAAUUGCAGUCUUUAACACUGCCAGCUGGGGCAUUGGAUGUUAGGAGGUUGGGUUCUGAUGAUGAUGAUCUGCUGGCCACCAUCGGCAAGCUGCUGGCACAGCUGACCAGUCUUACUGAGCUCUAUGUAGGUUUCUCGACUCUCACUGGACACCUACGAAGAGUUCUCAAUCCUCUCAACACUCCACUUCAAUGCUUGGAGUUGGCCAACUGCUGCCUGAAUCGCGUGGACAUGACAUACUUGUCCAACAGCCUCCACAGUGAGGCCCUGGUCCGCCUGGACAUCAGUGGACACAACAUCUUCGGCUCCUUCUCCACCUGCUUCCACAAACUGCUCAGUCGUUGUGCGGCCUCAUUGGUGAGCCUGACCAUUGAAGAAUGUGACAUAGACGAUGAGCACAUGGAUGCCUUCAUUAAUGCUCUGUCCUGCUGUCAAGUGCUGGAGGAGCUCAAACUCCUGGGAAACCCUCUAACCUCUGCAGCCCUGCGGCGGUUGUUCUCCACACUAUCUGCAGCCUUUCCCAAGUUAAGGUACAUAGAGCUUCCAGUUCCCCGUGAGUGUUACUCUGAGGAUAUCACUUACCCACUUGAUGAUUCAAUCCUGCUGCAGUACAACAGGGAGUUGUUUCAGGAGGUCAGGGGCCAGCUGAUGGGGAUCCUGGCGGGAGCCGGGAGAGGGGAUGUGGAGGUGUGCACUCCACUCAUGGGGGCCUAUGAUCCAGAUAUCAAUGAAACCAGCAAUGAGCUGGGGGUGUCCAUGUUAAAGUCUUUUAACAGCGUCAUUGGGAACUUUAUAGGUACUAUAACCGAUGUGGACAACAGGAGAUCUCAAACUCAGAAAAAUAACUGAUGACUUUGCCUGUUGAAAGAUCAAUUGAAUGGACUGAGAAGAGUGUAACUAGAGCAGGGCUCUCAGAGCUUGUUCAUCCAUCUAGAUGUUUGUGUAAACACUGAGCCUUUGAGCCUUAUAGGAAGGUUCAUGGUACUGUCCGCUGUAGACACAGGAGACUUUACCUUAUUUCUUGCUUUAUAAUGUGAUUUUCUUGGGCAACAGAAUGUUGUUACUUAUGAUUAUAUUUGUUUGGCUUGAUAUUAACUUUAGUAAUACCAUUCCUGAUUAGAAAUGAUCUCAACACAAGAUAAUAUUCUUCCCGGUGUUUCCUACAGCCUGUCAGCCAAACAGAUGUUUUGUACAGACAGAUGUAGCCACUGAAGUGGUUAUGGUAAAACCUUUGCUUAGGAUAUUUUGUACAUGUUCUUAUGUCUAUAUUCUGGUUUAAAUUUUGUAUAUAACUGGAUUUAUAAAAGGUAAACAGCACAAGUUUGUAAUAUGGGACAGAUCCCAAUUUAGCAAGCAUACAAUGAUGAUUGUUUCAUUCUCUCAAACCAAUAAAACUGAACUUCAAA